GGCCCUCUGUCAGUCAUCUGCAGGCCAGCGCUGAGCGCCGCCAGCCACUUCGUACCGCGUUCGCCUCCGCGCCCGGGCACCUUCACCAUGGGGGAGAACCGCGACAAAGCCAGCGACCAGAUGAAGCGCUGGAAGGAGCAGCGGAGCUCGCAGAAUCCUUCACACAUUACCACGGGAUCUGGUAAUCCUGUAGGAGACAAACUUAAUAUUUUGAGUGCGGGACCUCGGGGACCCCUUCUUGUUCAAGAUGUGGUUUUCACCGAUGAAAUGGCUCACUUUGACCGGGAGAGAAUUCCUGAGAGAGUUGUCCAUGCUAAAGGAGCAGGAGCAUUCGGAUAUUUUGAAGUCACUCAUGAUAUUACCAAAUAUUGCAAGGCAAAGGUGUUUGAGCACAUUGGGAAGAGGACUCCAAUUGCUGUGAGAUUCUCUACAGUUGCUGGAGAAUCCGGGUCUGCAGACACUGUCCGUGACCCUCGAGGUUUCGCUGUGAAAUUCUACACCGAAGAAGGCAACUGGGAUCUCACAGGAAAUAACACCCCCAUCUUCUUCAUCCGGGACCCACUUCUGUUUCCAUCCUUCAUACAUAGUCAGAAGAGGAACCCUCAGACCCACCUUAAAGAUGCCGACAUGGUUUGGGACUUCUGGAGUCUUCGCCCCGAAUCUUUGCAUCAGGUUACUUUCCUAUUUAGUGACCGAGGGAUUCCAGAUGGCCAUCGUCAUAUGAAUGGAUAUGGAUCUCACACCUUCAAACUGGUUAAUGCUGAUGGAAACGCAGUUUACUGCAAAUUCCAUUAUAAGACCGACCAAGGAAUCAAAAAUCUUUCUGUUGAAGAGGCUGGAAGACUUGCUCAGGAAGAUCCUGAUUAUGGCCUGAGGGAUCUCUUCAAUGCCAUUUCUACAGGCAAUUACCCAAGCUGGACAUUUUACAUCCAGGUCAUGACUUUUGAACAAGCAGAAGCAUUUCCAUUUAAUCCAUUUGACCUCACUAAGGUUUGGUCUCACAAUGACUACCCCCUUAUCCCAGUGGGUAAACUGGUCUUAAACAGGAACCCUGAGAACUACUUCGCAGAGGUGGAGCAGCUCGCUUUUGACCCCAGCAGCAUGCCGCCAGGCAUCGAACCGAGUCCUGAUAAAAUGCUGCAGGGCCGUCUUUUUGCAUAUCCUGAUACUCACCGCCACCGCCUAGGACCCAACUACCUUCAUAUACCUGUGAACUGUCCUUACCGAACUCGAGUGGCCAGCUACCAAAGAGACGGACCCAUGUGCAUGUCUGACAACCAAGGUGGGGCUCCCAAUUACUACCCGAAUAGCUUUGGGGCUCCUCACAAUUAUCCCCUGGCUCUGGAGCACCGCUAUAACACCUCAGGGGAUGUGCAGCGCUACAACAGUUCCGAUGAGGAUAAUGUCACCCAGGUGAGAGAGUUCUUUGUCCGAGUGCUAAAUGAGGAGCAGCGCCAGCGCCUGUGUGAGAACAUCGCGGGGCACCUGAAGAACGCCCAGCUCUUCAUCCAGAAGAAAGCUGUAAAAAACUUCACUGAUGUUCAUAUAGACUAUGGGUCCCGGAUCCAGGCGCUCCUGGAUAAAUACAACGCUGAACAACAGAAGAAUGUGAUUCGCACCUAUACCCAGUCUGGAUCUCAUUUGGCUGCCAAGGAAAAAUCGAAUCUCUGAGAUCAUUGGGAAGAUCUCUUUUCAACUAAAGAAUUUUACAGAAGAAGCUCCAAGAGGUUAAUACUCGGGGUCAGUUGCUGCACAAUACAGCGCGUCUAUAUGCUAAAUAUGCCCAUAAAAAGGCCUACUUUUUAAAAAUAUUCACAUUUUGCAACAAAUAAUACUUAUUGCCCAUUUGGGACCCAGGGUUAGUACUUGGGGAAAGUAAUUUCUCGUGUUUAUGUUGAAAGUGAAGGUUGAUACGGUGCCUUUAAGAAAGUGUAUUUGGUAUUGACUUGUCGAUUUCAUGUGAUGUGCCAGGAGAAAAUUUAGUGGAAUUAUCAAUUUGUCUGAUAAAAAUUAUCUCACAAAAUUGAUGUUUUCAUCUCACCUCAUUGCCUCUUAGAUAAGAAGAAAGAAUCAUUUUCUAAAUCUGUGCUUCUUAAACUUUCCAUUCAUGAUCCCUUUUUGCCUGGGAAAUUUUUCUGUAACCCUGGGUAUAUAAAAUAGGUAUGCAAAUCAAACACUGAUAAUAAAUCAUAAAGAAAUUUAUUUUAAAACAAUUCUUUGCCAUAUGUAUAAUUUUACCAUUUAUUAAAGAAGAAAGCAAGUUUGCAUACUAAUGAUUACUUGUUUAACAUAAAGAAUUAAAUAUGGAUGGAUUAUUUGAUACUGUAAGAUAUAUUCCGAAACUUUUUUACUGUUGCCACAUUUUUCACAACCCCCACAUUCAGUUAUGCGACCCCAUAAGGGGUUGCGAUCCACUGUUGAAGAAGUUUUCUUCUAGAUGAAUCAUUUUUUAAAGAAGAAAUCAGUUUUCUUAUCCAGAAUACAUUUUUUGGAGUAUUCUUUUUCAGGAAAUUAUUUUGCCUCCAUCAUUUGUGUUUGGUUCAUUGUUUCUGCUUGUCAUCUUCCAGGUUUUUUUUUUUUAAUCUUGGAAUUAUGUUUGCAGUAUCAAUAUGAAGUACUGAUUUUUUUAAACAGAUUGAUUUGUAAUCAUAUUUGCAUUUUACAAUAAAAUAAUCUCCAAUUAAGAAAACAAA